AUGUGCGUCGAAAAUCGGCCUCUCCGCCGAAGCGGAAUCCGGGGCCGAAUUACUAUACCUUGCAGACAGAUAAAGAGCAGCGACGACCUCGACAUCGGCCUCGACGUCUUGCCACCCGCUGCUCCCAAUAUGUCCAGCCAGCUCGCCGACGCCGCCGAGGCUGGCUUUCACGAUGCCGGGGCCUAUGACGCAUAUCGGCCCUCGUACUUACCGGCUAUUGUUGACAGCUUCCUUUCGCGGCUAGAGGUGCCGGCGACUGACGCGAAAGAGAUCCGCCUCGUGGAGAUUGCUGCCGGCACUGGCAAGUUCACGGAGGCGCUCUCACGGCUGGCUGCCUCGUCCAGCAUCCCGUGGUCCAUCAUUGCGGUCGAGCCUCACGACCAGAUGCGCGGCCAGCUGGCGGCCAAGAGCCUGCCACACGUCACCGUCAUCAAGGGCCAUGCGGCUGCCGUACCGUCGGUGGCUGCCGGGUGGGCCGACGCGGUCAUCAGCGCGCAGGCUUUCCACUGGUUUGCAAACCAGGAUGCGUUGCGCGAGAUAUGGCGGCUCCUGAAGCCCAACGGUCUGGUCGGCGUCGUCUGGAACAUUGAAGACUACAACAAACCCCAAGACUGGCCGGCGUCGACGCCCUGGGAGCAGCGCGUCAACGACCUUGUCUACGCGCUGGGCGCAGAUGGCAACGCCCGGUUUCGCAACUGCCGCUGGCAGGCUGCCUUUAUCGAGGCGGCCUCGGCAACACCGCCACUGUUUUCACCUCUGGCAGACGACCGCAUCCGAUGGUCGGUACAGCUGACGCCAGACGCGCUGUUCAAGCGGCUCCUGACGCUCAGCCAGGUGGCCAACCUGCCCGAGAGCGACGACGACGACGAUGGCAGCGAGAGGCCGGCUAGCCGGGGAGCGUUUCGGCGGCGGCUGGAUGCGAUCGUACACGAUGUUGAGCGCAACGCUGCUGGCGAGCUGACGUUCAGCUUGACAACCACCGGGCUGCCAAUGAUCUCGCUGAGGAAGGCGCUGGGGUCUGUGCCCUCGGCCUGGCUGCCAGCCGUGCCGUUCUCCAUGGCGCAAGAGGGCAAAGGGAGUCGAUGGAGGGUAAUAGAGGAGCUGGUUCGUCGACAGUUCGGCUCAGAGAGGUAG